AGGCUGAGAGAAAUAACCAGGAACUUGGAAGUAUCUCCAGCCCGGCAGAGUGGGAUCUAUAUCAAGCACAUAAACCAACAAUUUACGUCGUCUAUACCAUCUACACUGCUAACAAUGUCCACUACUUUGUCAACAUGUACCUACAUUAUUAACCGGGGCAAAAAAGACAAGGAAAGAGUUUGCGGUGACACGUGUGAUGGGCCACUAUGUUCUAAGCAUUCCAAAAUGGGCACGCCGCGGAAGACAGCAAAACGUUUUGACGACGGCGAUGAGGAAGAAGACACUUUUGAGUCUGAAAUCUCUUCGCCUCUGGCAAGCCGGACAACACGACAAAGUACUCCAGUGGCUACUCCUCCGCCACGUAGUAGGCGCACUUCUACCCCAGCGGAAGAGUCGCCGUCGCGUCCGAGUACUGAACGCAGCGCCAAUUCAGGACGCAAGCUACGCAAUUCUACAUCAGUAGAAGAUUCACCAAAGACUUCACGCCGUAAUACUCCCAUACGCAGCUCUAUCUCAGCAGCAACUGACACACCACCGCGCACUAAUACACCGCGAAGAGGUACUCCGAGGCUCAAUAAAGGCAGUUCUACUUCGACUGCUACACUCGAAUCGGCUUCCGCAUAUAAACCAAUCUCAACACCCCCCCGUUCAACCGGGAAUAGCAGCGAUAAUAUCGAAGUACCCACUACCCGGCUCAAUGGCUUGACCGUCCGAGACGAAGUCAACAAUGAUCUCGAUUCAGGAAAAAAUACGGAGUCUGAUACCCUGCUGCCGCUAGCAGACGGGCCAAAGAUGCCAAAGCGAACAAACACAGCUGAUAGUGCCGUUAGUCACGGCCCCCGCGACCCAACAGAGAGAAAACUGAUGGAAUACAUCCCGGAAAGUGUCUCAUGGUCCGUAGCUGGAAAAAUCAUGCAAGUCCUGCGAAAGCCACCGCGUAAUGGCGACGAAAAAGGCUUCGUCUAUAUGUUGCGAGUAACGCCAUAUCCACCGGAGCCUUCGAGUGAAAGGGAAGAAGGAAAUAAAAUGAUGAUCAUCAAAGUCGGGAAUUCCAAGGACGUCCAAGCACGACUACGCGGCCUCCGCGGCGCGAAAUGCAAAUUUUUUAGAUACGAGCGUCUUGAGCUCUACCCGAACGGAAUAGGGGACAUAGAACUAAAAUAUAAGGCUGAGGACUUGGUUCACGCACAACUAAGCAAUUGGAGGUAUCGAUCUGCGAAGCGGUGUCCAUGCAACAGUGAACAUAAGGAAUUCUUCGAAGUUACGCCUGAAAAGGAACUGAAGGCCGUGUAUGACUGUAUCAAUCAUUGGGCUCAAGUUGUGAAUGAGCAUCAUAACACGCUAUGGCCUGGCGAAGUCGAGAGGUUGAAACUUCUGGCGGAAAAGAAACGAAGGGAAUCGUGAAGUUGCGAAGAGAGGGCCUACAAAACCGUGCUAAGCAUGGGCCCUGUUGGAUGAGAAUCAUUGCACAUGUUGUUGUAGCACUUUGUCUUGGUGUAUCUGCUCAAAUUCUUAUCGAUGCGCAUACAAUGAUUCCUCUAUGCUGUAGAGCGAGAAUAG